GCAUACCACGAAGGUCGAACAACACUCAAGCAACUUCAGUGCGUCGUGCUUCUUCUAGGUUGUGUCGCAAUGCUCGUCCGCGGCCCUUUCACACUAGAGAAGGCCGAAACGGUCUGCCAGUGGUACUAUCGGAUCGGCUUUUUCGGUUUACCUUGGCUGUGGGGACUGCUGUACAUUUUCUUUCGCCACUAUCAGCACGAGAGCGACGCCAUCCGCUGGUAUGUCGAGCGUGCGAAGUUGUACAGUCUGAGCGGAGCUGCCGUCUUUCUUGCCGUCACGCUGGGGCUGCUGCUGCUACUUCCAGCGUCCAGCGCGCUGUGGGUCAUCGCGCCCUUCCAGGACACGUUUCAAUGGGGCAUUUUUGCGGCGAAUAUGUCUGCCAAUGCCUCCAGCGAUGUCGAUAGCAGCAGCAGCGCCAGCAGUAGUGGCAUGGCCGUCUCGCUUUUCGCAUGA